AUGGGGUUAAGGCCGGACCAGCUGACAUCCUCUCUGGAGCCACUAUACGAGUUCAUUGGCGAUGCGAUAAUCUCGAAAGGGCGUAUAAGGCUCCCAUUAACAAUUGGGGAAUUAGACCUCCAGGCCACAGCAAUAGCGGACUUCCUCAUCAUUGACGGUCCUUCCGCUUACAAUGUCAUUAUGGGUAGGCCUGACAUGAACGACCUGGACCUAGUUGUCUCAACCAAGGCCCUGACCAUCAAAUUCUCGACCCCUAAAGGGACCGGUUGUGUAAAGGGCGAGCAGCAUUCGGCGAGACACUGUUACGAGGAAGCACUGAAAAUAGGGCUUAAAGGAAAAAAGAUAAAUAUGGUUUCCGGAGGGGAGGCCCGAGUCACUAAUGGCCAGGGAAUCAGCCACGACCUGGAUCCAUGCGACGUGGAUUGCGACCGAACCGCCAGCCCGACAGACGAGCUAGAAGAUGUUAUAGUCAGUAGCUUAAACGUUAAAAGGCGCCUCCAGGUGGGCAAAGGCCUCUCCCUCGAGGUAAAAUCGCAACUGACCAAAUUCCUUAAAGCAAAUCUGGACGUGUUCGCAUGGAACCACGAAGAUAUGGUGGGAAUAGAUUCAAGGAUAUUGCAGCAUCGGCUCAAUAUCAACCCCAACCAUAAGCCGGUUCGUCAGAGGAGGAAGCCAAUGAUGACUGAGCGGUAUGCGGCCUUGAAGGAAGAAGUAGACAAGCUCCUAGCCAGCAGAUUUAUCCGGGAAGCCCAAUACUCGACAUGGGUGGCAAACCUGGUCCUGGUGAAGAAGAAGAAUGUGAAGUGGAGAACUUGCAUUGACUUCACAGACCUAAACAAAGCUUGCCUGAAAGACAGCUUCCCUCUGCCAAGAAUUGACCAGCUCGUGGGUGCAACGGCCGACCACCAGCUUCUGAGCUCCAUGGAUGCCUAUUAG